AUGACAGUUACAAUUGGAGAAGAAAAAGUUUCUUUAGUGCAUUCCUCCGGUUCUUCAGCCGAAGUUUACUUGUUCGGCGCGACUGUAACGAGUUGGAAAUGUGGUGGAAAAGAACGUUUGUUUUUAAGUAAGGAUUCAAAACUCAAUGGAACAAAAGCGAUACGCGGUGGAAUUCCUUUAGUUUUCCCUCAAUUUGCUAAGGCUUCCGACCCAUCAGCCGCAACAGCUAAUCUUCCACAACAUGGCAUUGCUCGUAUUUCUACAUGGAAAUGGUCAGGAACCGAUGCGGAUAAUGAGGAAGAAGUAACCGUUAGAUUUAAACUCACGGAUUCUGAAGUUCCAGAAAAUCUUCACAAAGAAUGGCCAAAGAAAUUUGAAAUUAUAUUUAUCGUAACACUAACCGCCAAUACUUUAAAAAACACAUUUCAAGUUACAAAUAAUGGUACUGAACCAUUCGAUUUUAAUGCUCUUUUACAUACUUAUUAUUCUGUCCCGGAUAUUUCCAAGGCUUCGAUCAAAGGGUUAAAUGACAUAACUUAUAUUGAUAAAGUUGAUAAUCUCGCACGUGUUCUGGAUGUUAAAGAUUCAAUUACGAUUGAUCGAGAAACAGAUCGCAUUUACGAAAAUGUUUCUCGAGAUGAAUUUCUUAUUGAUUUGGGUCAGCCUGGUGGCGCGGGAAAUUUCACCCUAAAAAAGAUCAAUUUAAAAGAUACAG